AUGGCAGCUCCGAUUGCUGAGGACAUCAACACUGACCCGCUGCCUAGGACGGAUGUCAGAUCAGAUGCCAAAGAGUUGAUGUCACAUGACAUCCGGACAUGCCGCGUGGUCCUCCAAGAUCCGUUCAAGUUGUCAAAACAGCUACUCGUCGACACGACAUUUAUCGAACCGUUUUCCGCGUAUACCGGGUCCAUGUUUGAAAUUCUCGGGGAGGUUGAAAGACAGGAGAAUGGGACGAUCCUCAAAGCACGAAUUGCAAAAUGUGUUGACACAAUGGACUUGAACCUUUUGAGAGAAUCUCUUGAACUGCAGAGGGACUAUUUUGAAUCGAGGAUGGGGACGAGUUGA